AUGUCAGAAGGGUUCUCAAAAGGUUCCAAAUUUAAACAGGACAUGAAGCCGUACGUACAUAACACUAUACAUCGUCUCAAUGAAUACUGUGCUAAUGUCGGCGUCACAGAUAGGUUCCAGGGAUACAGGAACAACAUCAAUCUAGGUGUGAAAGACCCAAUGGCCUGUCCGUCGAGCGUCGAUCAAAACACUGAUGAAGAAUUAUGCCCGGAAGAAUGCUGCUGUGAUUGCUGUUGUCCAACUGAAUUAGGUGCCGCUCCUGAUGAUGAUGAUAAGCUGCCUAAAUGUCCAGCCAAGUCGGUCCAGGAGCAAUACGGCAUCAACACAUGCUACCCCGGCUCUUCUGAAUACACUGACCAGUAA